GCUAUGAUGCAGGACAUACAGAGCCUGAUAGUGCAAUGAGUAAUGACUGUAUAUUUUGUGUAAGGCUGUCGUUUUUAAGCGAGGACUGCUAGUUCGACAGCUAAGUUAGCCUCAGCCUACAAACGUACGCUAGCAACAUAAUCAGUAUGACAUUGACCACCGAGGCUAGCAUUGUUGUGAAUAUUAGCUAGCAGUAGUUUAUUCAAAGAAUGUUAGACAAUGCCGUUUUGAGGACCGAGUAUUACGGCUGUCUGUGUCAGGCUGCUGACUGGCAUUUUAUUAAAGACCUGCAGAGAGAAAACUGAAAAGACAAGAGUUCAGAACAAUGGAGGCUCGCUUUGGUAAUAUUGUGUUCAGCUCAAAGUUUGACUCAGGGAAUUUGGCACGUGUGGAGAAGGUGGAGAAGGGGAGCUCCAGCCCUCCUUCCGAUACAGCUUCUAACGGGGGUGCUGCAUCAGGCUCAAAUCUCACCCCUGACUAUGAGUUCAAUGUGUGGACACAGCCAGAUUGUGCUGGAACAGAACAUGAAAAUGGAAACAGAUCAUGGUUUUUCUUCAGUGUACGAGGCGCAGCACCUGGAAAGUUACUGAAAAUCAAUGUGAUGAACAUGAACAACCAGAGAAAGCUUUAUAGCCAGGGAAUGGCUCCACUUGUACGCACUUUACCGGGAAAGACACGAUGGGAGAGGAUCCGUGACAGACCUACAUCUGAGAUUGUAGAUAACCAGUUCAUCCUCUCAUUCACUCACCGGUUGUUAGAAGUGAGGGGGGCGACCACCUUCUUCUCCUUCUGCUUCCCCUUUUCCUACACUGAAUGCCAGGAGAUGCUGCACCAGUUAGAUGAGAACUACCCCAAAGCUGCUCAGCUCAGUCCAAGCAGUCCGCCGGGCAGCAUGUAUUACCAUAGGGAGUUGCUCUGCCACUCUCUAGAUGGAAACAGGGUGGACCUUCUCACUGUGACCAACUGCAGCGGGAUGCAGGAGGAGAGGGAACCCCGUCUGCCUCAGCUGUUUCCCGACACCAACACCCCUAGACCACACCGCUUCGCCAGCAAAAGGGUGUUUUUCCUCAGUAGUCGAGUGCACCCUGGGGAAACUCCCUCAUCCUUUGUAUUCAACGGUUUUCUCAACUUCAUUCUAAGAAAAGAUGACCCACGAGCUCAUGCCCUUCGGAACAUGUUUGUGUUCAAGCUCAUUCCGAUGCUCAAUCCAGAUGGGGUUGUCCGUGGGCACUACAGGACUGAUUCCAGGGGUGUAAACUUGAAUAGGCAAUAUCUUAACCCCAGCCCUGAGCUGCACCCUUCUAUCUAUGCAGCCAAAACACUGUUACUGUACCACCACACACACAAUCGAGUGCGCAGAACACAGUCAAGCACUCGUAACAGCCAGUGUAAUAGCCCGACGCACACACAGACUCCUCCCCUCAACAUCAAGCAGGCCAAUCAGCAUCAAUCCCCUCCUCUCACUGCCCUUGAAGUCAGCCUGAACCAACGGAAUGCAGAAAAGGACGCAAAUCCUGCCCAGCCAGAUGUUGCCAUGGUGACAGAAGAAAAUGCCUGGGUCACCACAGAGAUGGAAAAGGGAUACCAGAACAGUUCAUCGAGUUCCUCAGAAACGGUGGCUGCUCUUAGUGUAGAGACAACAAACACAGAGGCAGAGAAGCAGGAAUCAAUUCCACCCCAGGAAGGAGGUGUGGCUUAUUAUGUGGACUUGCAUGGCCACGCCUCUAAACGAGGAUGCUUCAUGUAUGGAAAUAGCCUUCCAGAUGAAAGCCACCAGGUUGAGAAUAUGCUGUAUCCAAGACUGAUUGCUGUGAACUCUGCCCACUUUGAUUUCCUGGGCUGCAACUUCUCUGAGAAAAACAUGUACGCACGGGACAAGAGAGAUGGCCAGUCUAAAGAAGGCAGCGGGCGAGUGGCCAUCCACAAGGCGAUAGGACUCCUUCACAGCUACACUUUGGAGUGCAACUACAACACGGGGAAAUCUAUGAACACCAUCCCACCUGCCUGCCAUGACAACGGACGGGCAACCCCACCCCCGCCUCCAUCAUUCCCUCCAAAAUACACUCCAGAAAUAUUUGAGCAGGUUGGGCGUGCUGUGGCAAUCUCUGCUCUGGAUAUGGCCGAGUGUAACCCCUGGCCAAGGCUGGUGCUGUCGGAGCACAGCUGCCUUACAAACCUCCGAGCCUGGAUCCUCAAGCAUGUCCGCAACACCAAAGGCCUGAGCACGCACAUCCACGCUCAUGCUCCCCCAAGAAUACACCACAAUGGCAGCAAAGCCUCACCUCCAAAGAGCUUCAACAACUGUCUGUCCGGCUCCUCAUCUGAGAACACCUUAAGUCGUGUUCGCUGCAACAGCCACAGUAGCAGCAGCCAGACACCAUCCCCGAAGAUUCACAAUUCGCCGAGCUUUACCUUUGGCUGCCCCCCGCCUCGAUCCCACGCACAACACAACAGCAGCGUACGAGGAGGAAACAAGACACUGGGGCCAGUCAGGGGCCUCAGCUGUCCAGACUUUCAGGCUGGUGGACCCAGCUCAGCGGGUUGGUCCAGAACGCCUUUUCCCAUACGUUCUGGGCGUGUGGGGAGAGGUUGUCGACCUCUUACCAUCACCCAUCACCCCACAGAGACCACUAAAGAUUUGGGGCCCGACCAUCUUCUUUCCUCCAUCAAAUUCAGCAAGUGUGAACUUCAACCACAUAUCAGCCGCAUCCCCAUCCGGAGGGCGGGCUCCAAUGAAACCCCGCCCACCCAUAUCAGUAACACAGCAUCUUCUAGCGAUAAACAGGAAGCAAAGGAAGAAUCAGCCACCUUGAAAGUGUGGAAGCUGUUAAAACCUGGCCUCCAACGACACCUGUCGCUAUCAGGAGUAGCUGGGAAGGAGGCUGCCAUACAGCUGGCCUCUAAAGCACUGAUAAAGAAGAAUACAGACAGAAGUGUCCACUACAAAGGAGAUGCUGUUAUAGAAACUGCAUCUGAGACUAAUGAAAAACUGCAACAGGUUGAGGAACCUCCGUUGAUGCCUUUGCCUGAGACUGUCAACAUGUGUGAGACUGUGACCCUUUGUGGAGAAGCCUAGGAACUACAUAUCUACUGUAGCACUGAGAGUACCUUUAAUGUCUGUUUGCUUUAUAUAUGCUUGUAUUACCACAAACCUAUUACCAAAAACAUUAAAACCAUAGGGGAGGGCAGUUUCAUCGCAGGAGGAUAAGAUGGUUCUCGAUAAUGUGCAAUAUAACUUUAUGACUGUUGCCCAGCGCAGCUUUACUGACGUAGCUCUUGAGGUUAAGUGCCUUGCUCAAUAACACCCCAGCCGCCGCUGAGGAAGGGAAGAUGCACACUUUCAGCUUUUCAUUUGAUCAAGGCAGUGACCUCAAAUGUGUGUUCUUUAACAUUUCAACUAAAGUUACUGUACCUCACACUGUUUCUUUUAGUUUGUUUACUGUUAGUUUGUACCUCCUGCUAUCACUUCCAAAAAUAUAUGAAAGACACUCUGACCAAUACUGUUAUGCACUAAUAAUAAAUGUCCUCACAGUCAGCCGCUUUAUUAUAAUAGGCUGACUUUUAUUCAAGCACCUUUUAAACCAUACUUCCAUUAUGAGAUUAGAAACAAAUGUGAGUGAAGUGAAUCGUGUAUUUACAGUAAUGUGAUAGUUUUUCCUGAGGUUGUGUUUGAUGUGCACAUAGCGGCUAUAAAAUGUAUUCACCCAUUGUUGGACUUUUUCAUUUUUUACAUCAAUAAAUCAUUUUAGAUAUAAGGAAUUUUGACUUUGAACCUUAAAAUAGUUCACAUACCCAACUAAUCUGCAGCAAGGUUACAGCCAAGUACUGGUCAAUGGGGGGAUUGUAGUAAAAUUCCGAGGUUUUACUGUUGUUAACUGUCUUUUCUGGCGAGAUGUUACUCUUGACAGGUGUUGGAGCAAGACACUCUCUGGAGGCACUGGCAGUGAAUUUACUCAGGAGAUAUUGAUUAGUAGGAGCUUGUCAGACACAACAAUACAGCGAUUGCCCAGUCCGACUCUGAAGUAGACUACAGUCUGUCAAUAUUGAAGUCCCACUAAUCCAGUGAAUCUUGUCCCUUGUAUAAUGUUAGUUAGAGGAUACAUUGUAGAAGACUGUACACAUUGAGUUAUAUUGGCUGUUGACUGAUCACAAGCCAUUGUAUACUGUAUGACCUGCCUUUUACAUGCAGCAGCACAUGGACUGAUGCCAAAAAUGUUCUUGGACUACAGUCACAGUGUGUAUGUAUACAUUCAAUCAGGCCAUUCUCUGAAACUGAAUGGCACAGCAAGGGUUACAGAAAGGCUGAAAACACUAGUGGGGUUAUGAAUGUUAAAGACAGCUGAUAAUAAUACAAACAGACCCUGAAAAAUCAAUGUGGCAAAGAGAACUGCUGUAUUUUGCAAAAUACCUGGGCUGGGUAGCUGUUUUUUUUUGUAAUUUUAGUCAACAUUAAAGCCACUCUAAUGUUACUUUAUGAAUGACUGUCAGUGUUUGAUAGAGAACAAAUCAAAGUCUACAUCACUCUGCAUUCAUAUGGUGUAGACAAAAAUGUAUUUGCAAAGAAUAGUAUAUAUCAAAUGUCUCUGUACAACACGUCAUUUAGUGUAGAACACGAAAAAGUCCCACAGGUGUGUAUGCUUUUUAGCCACUCUCAGUAUUGAAUAUACUUACAUUCCAUCAGAGCUUUCUGCCCUCCCAUACCAACUAGUCCUUAACUACUGUGUAUUCAGUCAGAAAUAUUUUAUGUAAGGAGACUUAUUACAGAUGUAUCUUUUUCAAAGUGAACGUUAACCAUUUCAAAAUGAAUUAUACUGUGACAAACAAUACUGUGUCUGAACAAAACUCAAGUGUAAUUUUAAAAAACUUGAAAUAAAAUGUGGACUGUAUUGUGUACAU